CACUUGGACAGACAUGGUGUGCUCCCCGGGAGAGGGAAAUGGGGCUACUCCCGCGGGCGGACCCGGCGAGGUACCAGGAGCCCCGACGCAGCGGGGAAGUAGGCGGGAGCGGUCAGGCCGCACUGUCUCUUUAAGACCGUGUUCCCGCUGACAACCGAUGAUGCAGAGGCCUCCAUGGCUGUGCUAAGCCUUCUGUUCUUGGCAGUGAUGUAUGUUGUUCACCACCCCUUGAUGGUCAGCGACCGGAUGGACCUGGACACAUUAGCCAGAAGUCGGCAGCUGGAGAAGCGCAUGAGUGAGGAGAUGCGCCAGUUAGAGAUAGAGUUUGAAGAGAGAAAGCGAGCAGCUGAGCAGAAGCAGAAGGCACAGAACUUGUGGAGAGGAGACACAUCCAGUGACCAGCUAGUGCUCGGAAGGAAAGACAUGGGGUGGCCGUUCCAGGCCAAGGAGGGGCCACUGAGCUGGAUGCUGGAAAACCUGUGGAAUGCCGGCCUCUUUUGCCUUUUUCUCAUCUUUGAGCUUCUGCGACAGAACAUGCAGCACGAGCCAGCCUUUGAUUCCAGCAGUGAUGAGGAGGAGGAGGAAGUCCAGGUGGUGCCUGCCACCUCCUACAAUUGGCUUACUGACUUCCCUUCACAGGAGGCCCUGGAAUCCUUUUACAAACACUAUGUCCAGAAUGUCACCCGUGACCUGCCCUGCACCUGCGAGUUUGUGGAGAGCUUUGUGGACGACCUCAUUGAGGCCUGUCGGGUGCUUAGCCGCCAGGUGGUCAGCCACUGGGAGGCUCACCCACAGCUGGAGGACUGCCUGGGCAUCGGGGCUGCCUUUGAGAAAUGGGGAACCCUCCAUGAGACCCAGGAAUUCGAUAUCCUGGUGCCCAUUGUUCCCCCCCAGGGCUCCAUGUUUGUGCUGGAGAUGAGGGAUCCAUCUCUAGGCCGCCGCUGUGGCAGUGUGCUGGUGGAGUCAGAAUGCGUGUGCAAACGCGAGAAGCUUCUGGGGGAUGUUCUGUGCCUGGUGCACCACCACAGGGACCACUCGGGCCUCUUGGGCAAGUGCAGCAGCUCCAUCAAAGCAGCCCUCUGCACCGGCUCCCACCUGGAUGUAUGCAAGACCGUACAGUGGUUCCGGAACAUGGUGAGCAAUGCCUGGGCCCUCGUGGCUCACAAGUAUGACUUUCAGCUCAGCCUCCCACCGUCUACCACUUCCUGCAAGCUCAGGCUGGACUAUCGCUCAGGCCGCUUCCUCUCAAUCCGCUUGGUCCUGGGGGUGCAAAGGGAAGAUACCUUGGUCUAUCUGGUGAGUCAGGCCCCUGACCAGGAACAGCUCACUAAUGUGGACUGGCCCGAGUCCUUUGCAGCCUGUGAGCACUUGUUCCUGAAGCUAAUAGGGCGUUUUGCUCCGGAGAACACCUGUCACCUCAAGUGCCUCCAGAUCAUUUUAAGUCUCCAGGACCUUCAGAGCUUACCCCAGGGAGCAUCCUGUCCCAUCCUUACCUCUUACCACUUCAAAACAGCCCUCAUGCACCUGUUGCUGUGGCUGCCCCUCACGGACUGGCAGCACAGCAUGCUCUCCCAGCGGCUCCAGGACAUCCUCUGGUUCUUGGGCCGUGGCCUCCAGCAGAGGUCCCUCCAUCAUUUCCUCAUUGGUAACAGCUUCCUGCCCCUGACCAUCCCUAUCCCUAAGAAAUUUCGGAAUGCCAAGCCUGUCAAUCUCUUUCAACACCUGGUGCUAAACCCCAUGGCACAUUCACAGGCACUAGAAGAGUUCCAUAACCUUCUGACCCAGGUGAAAGCUCUGCCUUGUGCCCCAUUGGCUGGGGCACAUUAAUGUAAAGGCCAUGAAUAAAGGGGAGAAGGUAUUUCUGGUUCUUUUUUUGUUGUUAAUCCUCACCAGAGGAUAUUUUUUUCAUUGAUUUUUAGAGAGAAUGGAAGGAAAAGAGUGUAUGAAAGAGAGAUCGAUUGAUUGCCUCCCUCAUGCAACCCAAUAGGGGCCAGGGAACGAACUUGCAACCCAAGUACGUGGAAUUGAACCUGACCCUUCGGUGCACGAGCCAACACUCUACCACUGAGCAACAAUGGCCAGGGCAUAUUUCCGAUUCUUCAGGCUGCAAAAGAGUUUAUUUUUCAGAUACAUCAGUGGUGUAUAUGACCUUUACCUUGUGCAUAGGGGUUAUGAUAGAUUAAGACACUUUAAGGAGUUCGUGGUCACAAAGAUGGGUCCCAGUGGGUCUUCAGAGCUUUUCUUCUCCUGACUUAACUUUCAUCAUGACCCACAGAGAGCCCAGGGAAACGGAUGUUGUUGGAGGAUCUUGCUGCUAAAGAGAUCUAGAGGUGGCCUGUGAAGUUGUGUUUUGUAUCAACACUGGAAAUGAAAGAAUCAGAAUACCUCCAUUCCAGCUCACUCCUCAUAUUUUAGGAGCUAAUUUUUCAGACUUUCACUAUUUGAAGAUAUAACCAAGAUGUUUAUUUUUUGUUUUCUUAAUUUAGCCUAAUCUUUAUAUGAGACAGUAUAGCUGUUUUUAUGCACCUGAAAAAAUUCCAGUACUACUCAAGUAAUUUAUUAGUAUUGAUUCACAAAUAUUAAGUAAAUAGUGACCUGUCCCAUAAUUGAGAUAAUGUGUUUACUAAAAUUAAAUGGCCAACAUCUGAUGACUUCUCAGUGCCUGGAAGCAACAUUAUAAAACCCUUAAAGAGGGUGAUCUUUUCGGGGCUCUGAGAUGAACAGCUGUUUCUGAGGGAAGCCACCUGUUUGUUAAAUAGGAAGAAGUUUUAGCUACCAUGUGUAGCUGUGCCUUUUCUCAGUCUGGUAAUGCCUUUAUAUUCUCUUUUCAAAGAUUGAAAAGGGAUUACUUGAACUAUAUUUGCAGUUUUUCAAAGAAAGGUCAGAACAGUCGAUCUCUGGCAGGGCUGAACUGGAAGGGACUAUGAAGCUGUCCAACUCGAACAAAGUCGCGAUUCUGGAGAUGUGAUUGAUCUAUUUUUCUGUUCUUUAAAACCCUGGGCAGCCUGAGGAGGACGGUUAAGAAAUGUGACAAUAGUUGUGGGUGUGGCUGUUUUGGAAAUCCAAUGCUGUUCCUACGUUGCAAGCCAGGAAGAUCUGCUCGGAAGAGAACCGGGCCGCACAUUUAACUUGACCUCAGGGGUGUUAAGAUGCUGGCUGUAUGGGCUUUGGUUGUAGAAUCCACACCCUCCCCCAAGCAAAAAUAAAUUACAAGUGUCCCAGAA